CGCUCCGGGCUAAAUGCGCUGCGCUCGAGACCCCGCGCUGUCAGUCAGUCCGCCCGGCGACGCGCUGCGGAUGAAGUCGCGUCUUCUGAAGGUUAACGGGCUGAUAGUCGCAUCUUCGGGGAACCUCCUGAUGUGUGAAGAUCUGCUGUAGGUCAUGAUCCCAGAGGCCCUUCAGCCCAGAGCCAUGAGACCCGUCUGCUCUCUUCUGCUAACCGUCUCGCUCGCUGUCUCCUCCAACUUCUGGUUAGUUUGGGGUGAAUCUUCAGGAGUCUUUGGUGAUGAGUGGUCCGGUUAUGGACCUGUGUUUGAGGAACAGCCCGUCGACACCAUUUACCCCGAAGAGUCUCCUGAGGAUAAGAUCACUCUGAUGUGCAGGGCACGAGCACACCCACCUGCUACAUACAGGUGGAGAUUAAACAAUGCAGAUAUUGUUAUUCCUGAGGGAGGUGACAGUCCUUACAGUCUGAUGGGUGGAGAUUUGGUCAUCAGUUACCCGGACAGAAGCAGAGAUAUUGGGAACUAUACCUGUGUGGCAACCAAUGAGUUUGGGACGGUGAUCAGUCAGACGGCUUCUGUCCAGUUUGGAUACCUGGACAUGUUCUCCACGGACGAACGAGAGGCGGUCCAUGUGAAGGAGGGGCAGGGGGCGGUACUACUCUGUGCUCCGCCCCCACAUUUUCCAGAAGAUUUGUCCUUCCGCUGGAUGCUGAACGAAUUUCCAGAUUUCAUUCCUCUGGAUAAACGUCGCUUUGUGUCUCAGACCACCGGGAAUCUCUACAUCUCCACAGUCCGAGUCGCAGACAGCGGGAAUUACUCCUGCUUCGUCUCCAGUCCGUCCAUCGCAAAGAGCGUUUUCAGCAAGUUCAUCCCUCUGGUGCCCAGCCCCGAGCGUUCUCUGAGGAAAUACCCCGCAGACAUUAAAGUUAAACCUCCAGACACGUACGCACUAAUGGGUCGGAACGUCACGCUGGAGUGUUUCGCGCUGGGAAACCCCAUCCCUCAGAUCCGGUGGAAGAAGGUGGACGGUGAACUGCCCCCCCACCGUCACGACAUCAGUAUGGCCGGGAGUCUCCUCCAUCUCUACAACCUCCAAUACGAGGACGAGGGCUCGUACGAGUGUGAAGCGGAGAACUCCAAAGGCAAAGACAAACACAAAACACAUCUGUUCGUGGAGGGGGCUCCUGAGUGGGUGGAGAAGAUCAGCAGCUCAGAGAGAGACAUUGGCGGUGAUUACGUCAUGUCCUGUGCGGCCAAUGGGAAACCCAAACCUCACGUGCACUUCCUGAAGAACGGACAGAAGUUGGUAAAGAACCACGAGAUACGCUUCACAGAUCUGACAUUUGCUGAUUCUGGGAUGUACCAGUGUAUUGCUGAAAACCGCCACGGGACGAUCUACGCCAACGCUGAACUCAAAGUCUUCGCCGGCGCUCCUUCGUUCGAGCGAAACCCAGUAAAGACCAAAAUUCUUGCAGCCAAAAACGGACGCGUGGUGAUCGACUGCAAACCGAGAGCGGCACCGCGGCCGGCCUUCUCCUGGAGCAAAGGAACAGAACUCCUCUAUAACUCCAGCAGGAUUUUCAUUUGGCAGGACGGAAGUUUAGAGAUUGUGAACAUCACUACGUCAGACAAGGGCGGAUACACGUGUUUCGCUGAGAACGACAGAGGACGAGCCAACAGCACGGGAUCUCUGUCCGUCACAGACGCCACUAAAAUCACUCUGGCUCCGUCUAACGCUGAUGUCAGCGUGGGGGAGAGCGCCAGGAUGGAGUGCGGCGCGUCACAUGACCCGACCCUCGACCUCGCCUUCAUCUGGUCUGUCAGCGGUCACGUGAUCGACUUUGACCAAGAGAGAGAUCAUUACCAACACAAAAUGGACGGUCAUGCAGGGACGUCGAGCUCCGAGCUGUUGAUCAGUAACACACAGCUGAGACACGCGGGACGUUACACCUGUACGGCUCAGACGCCCGUAGACGACAUCACCACCACCGCAGAGCUGGUGGUCCGAGGUCCCCCGGGUCCUCCCGGUGGUGUGCGUGCGGACGAGGUGACAAACAGCAGCGUGAGGGUGACCUGGAGUCACGGGACGGACAAUCUGAGUCCCAUCUCCAAAUACAUCCUCCAGCACAUGGACAUCAAAGCAGGACACGACUGGAGAGAAGCCUCCACCUCUCCAGUGAAUGUGGAGGGUAAUGCAGAAAAGGCCACAGUGAUCAAUCUGACACCCUGGACGGAUUAUGAGUUCAGAGUCAUCGCCAUGAACACACUGGGCACAGGACCACCCAGCGACCCCUCGCCCAAAACCACCACAAUGGAAGCCAGACCUGUGGUUGCACCAUCAGAUAUUGGAGGUGGAGGAGGAACCAGCAGAGAACUCACCAUCACAUGGACGCCCGUCCAAUCACAGUAUCACUACGGCAGUAACUUCAGUUACAUCAUCGCCUUUAAACCUCAUGACAAGCGCGAUUGGCUGAAGGUGACCGUCUCAGAUCCUCACGCUCACAAAUACGUCCACAAAGACACGGACAUCCCACCGUCCACGAAGUUUGAGGUGAAGAUGAAAGCGUUUAACAGUCAGGGUGAGGGACCGUUCAGCCUCAGCUCCUUCAUCUACUCGGCUCAGGACGCUCCCUCAGAAGCACCCACUAUCGUGGAGACGAGGCCGCUGUCGGCCACUGAAGCCAUCGUGUGCUGGAUGCCUGUGAACUCACAGACAGUAGAAGGAUAUCAGGUGCGGUACUGGAGACAGACGGUAGAGAACGAGGCGUCUGCUCAGCGCGUGCUGGUUCCCAGUCAAGAGAACCACACGAGACUGGACCACAUGAAACCCAACUCUCAUUACUACAUCGAGGUGCGAGCGUACAACGGCGCCGGUUACGGACCGGCCAGCGUCCGUCACGAGGUGCACACGAAGAAAGCGCCUCCCAGUCGGCCGCCCAAAAUAGUCGGGAGGAAGAUGCAUUCCAACGGAAAGAAAUUCAACAUCGCCUGGGAGCAGGUGGAGCCGCUGGCCAACGAGUCCACCAUCGAGGGUUAUAAGGUGCUGUACAGGGCCGAAGGUCAGCCCAACGGCAGUCUGUACACCACAGGAAAACACUCCAUCGAUCUGCCCAUAAUGAAGGGUGAGUACCUGGUGGAAGUGCGCGCUCACAGCGCCGGAGGAGACGGAGCCGUCGCACAACUGCGUGUGUCAGGUGGAGGAGUGCUCGUGGCUCGGUCUCUCAGCAUCUUCUCUCUGAUGGUCACGGCGCUCUUGACUUCUCUCCUCUGAAUGUAGAUUCAGUCUUCACUCUGUGAAUCAGAACUCUCACGGGAUGAAUCGCAGACGCCGUACGAACCCACUGAUCUUCUCCAGCCGGGAUACAAAUGAACAUCCGGGACGGAUUUAACGUCUGAACUCUUCGAUAUGCCUUAUAACAUCUCACAGUCUGAUUGUGUUGAAGCAUGAGCUCGGAGGACGUGAAGCAGGAAGUGCUCGUGUGAACGUGUUUUGGUGACGGACGGGAUGCGUCUGACGUUUGUCUUUAUGUAGUUUGAAUAUCAGUUGCUUUCUCUUCGUUCCUGUCGUCGGUAACUAAAGCGCAUCUGUCCGUGAAUACAGUCAAAGCAAAACAAUUCGGAUUCAACUCUUCACAAAUUCUACAUCAUAGAAAAGAGAACGGACGGAACGGCACGAUCAUCAUGCUAGAGUAUUAUUAUAUAUGCAAUAAUUGAUAAGCUAUUCAUCUCUUUAUUCAAUGUUUAUAUUAGCAUAUCUAAUAGAGGGACUUAAUAAAGAGAGAGAGAGAAUGUCUGAGUGAGUGAGAGAGUGAGUGAGUGAGUGAGUG